AUAUCAAAAUUAACCAAAUGUUCAGUUUAUUUUCGUAUGUUCACUUUGUUCACGUAUGUUCACGUUCAAUUGUUGUUAACAUACAACGGGUUUCGAUAACGUUCAAACGACAACCCAACCUAAUUGCUAAAAUCAUUUCUGAACGUACUUUUGGAGAGUUCAAUUUAAAAAAUUUUUUUUGUUUUACUCUUAAGAGUUGAAUAGAUUCGAAAAUGUUUUGAGUGAUAUAAAAAAAACUUUUAGUAUUUUCCUUCAUAUCUAUAAAUAUUUGUAAUGUUCGAUAUCUUUGGUUACGCUAUAAUAUUGCCCAGAAAAUUUUUGAUUCUCUCCAAACUAAUCACCGAAUAACAAGAUUUUAUUGUUACUAUUUAAAUUCACUUGACUAAUUUCAACAAAUGGAAUGCGAUUCAAAUAAAUGAAUAAAAAACUCGGAUCUCGAAUGACUUGAAUCUCCUUCUCUUCGAUCUUUGCAUUAACUGCCUCAGGCUCGAAGCAUCAUUGGAAGUACUAGAUAAUGUACUCAGUUGAUGUCAUAUUCACCAGUCUCUUACGACAACUCAUAAUUUAAACAAUAGUAAUUCCAGUAUCCAUAAAAAGUUACCAAUUUUUUAUGUGGAGUGGAAAUUAUCGGUUAGACUUUAAUAAAAAUAAAAUGGGAGUAAUGAAAUUAAAAAUGGUCAUUUCAUUGACACUUUUUGUGUCUGUAGUCGUGACAGAAAGAAGUCGUUUACCAAAUUUAGGACUCGUAGCCAGUUUUUUGCCUUCAAAUAAUGAAAAUGUAGCGAUACGGGUGACUAAAAUACCUUCCACACCUGCAUUCGGUUUUCCAUCCCGCACCACGGAAAAUGUUGGAUUAUCUUCCAAAGGUAACAGUAUUGGUUUUGAACACUCUUCAUAUGCAAGUAGCAGCAGUAAUAGUAAGAGUACUGGCGGAUAUGAUUAUUCUUCCCGCAGUGACAAUAACAAUCCUGGUGGUGAAAAUUUUCAAAACAAAGCCCCAACCCCUUCAAGUGAUAAUUCCGUUCAAAUGGUAAAUGAUUUAGCUCAGAGAUACAUUUCAACUCAUGAUACAUUUGAUGGUUCAAUAUCUCACCAAGUACCUGAGGUAACUGUUGGACAAUUACAACCACUUGCUCCUGUUUCAUCGGUACCAAGUUUUGAACAGAUCAUAGAACGAGAUUGGAAUGAUUUUACGAUACGAUUCAACAAAGUAUAUUCUUCGGAACAAGAAGCCAGAUACCGACGAGAAAUCUUCAUCGAAAAUAGGGCAAAAAUAAUGAGAUUUAAUGCUGAAUAUGCCGAAGGAAAAAGAAGCUUUGUCCACAAAAUCAAUGAAUUUGCAGAUAUGCUUUUGCACGAAUUUUCAGAAAACUUAAAUGGAUUUAAUAGAAGUACAAGAGCACCUUCGGUACCUUUGAAACCUGCUACAACUUUUUUGCCAAGCGCUAAUGUUGUAUUCCCAGACAGCGUAGAUUGGAGAAUAGUCGGGGCUGUGGGUCCGGUAAAGAGUCAGGGAAAUUGCGCUGCAUGUUGGGCAUUUGCUGCAGCAGGUGCAUUGGAAGGUCAUCAUUUUAGAAAAACUGGAUCACUCGUUGAAGUUAGCCCACAAAAUUUGAUCGAUUGUACACAACCCUAUGGAAAUAAUGGUUGCUCUGGAGGACUUAUGGAUCCCGCUUUCGAAUAUGUUCGUGAUAAUAAUGGAGUCGAUUCAGAACCAUCGUAUCCGUUCGAACAAAAAAAUGGAGAGUGUAGGUUUAAGAGAGAAAACGUAGUGGCUACGUGCACAGGGUUCGUGGACAUUGGAGAAAAUGACGAAAAGGGCAUUGAAAUAGCAUUAGCUACUUUAGGCCCAGUAACAGCAGCAAUAGAUGCUAGUCAGGAAACAUUCCAAUUCUAUUCAGAAGGGAUAUAUGAUGAUCCGAAAUGUGGUAACAAACCAGAACAAAUGAAUCACGCCGUACUUAUCGUAGGUUACGGUCAAGAAGCAGAUGGCAGGAAAUACUGGCUGGUUAAAAAUUCUUAUGGACAAAAUUGGGGUAUCGGCGGGUACAUAAAAAUUGCUAAGGAGAAUAACAAUCAAUGUGGUAUUGCAAUACAAGCGAGUUAUCCGUUAGUGUGAAGUUCUCGUUGAAAAAAGAUAUUUGGUCAAGUUUCUUCAUUUCCCAUAAAAUAUCAAAUUUAGAAUUUUCAUAAACUUUUACGUUAUAUAAUUAAUAUUUUCAACAAAUAUACUAAAAUUAUUUAUGCCGUUUUAUAUUAUUCACGACUUCCAAUCUACCGUCCAACCAAUGGUAAGGUAGUUUUGAAAUUUGUAUUAUUUUUUGUUCCAGAUCUUAGUAGUCUCUUUUUAUUUGGCCACAUCUUGACAACGAAGCUUCUGUAACUAGCUGCAUCAGUAUAUAAUUGUAUUUUUUCAUACGGAACAAUGAGGGGACGUAUAGUUUUACAACGUAUGUCGCUAGCAACAUAUAGUUUUAAUAUCCGGUUUGCGCAAGUAAUCUAUCGAGCAUGAGUAUCUCUUUUCGCCAGAUAUUCUGAAAGGUUUUCACUAACUACAGCUUCACUUAUCUUUUACCAUCUAAUAUAUUAAAGGGGUGAUGUAAUGGAAGCUAGUUUCCGGGCAGUUGUCAGACAAAUUAAAUAAAUUCGCUACAAACUUCAUAAGACUUAAAACACUCUCUAUUGCAUCAGUGUUACGGUUUCGUCGCAUCCUAAUGCAAAUACUUGUGAUAAAUUUGUAUUUUUUUCGGAAAUAGCAACUUGUUUAUUCAAACUUCAUGAAGAAAUGCGACACCUGAUUAAAAACUACAGUAUUUCGCUUCGCCCAUAUAGGUAUCUUGUAACAAAUUUCAAAACAUUUUUUCGCAUUCAAUUGAAUAAUAAUUAUAGA